UUGUAUGUAUGCUGUUUGUAAGUAUACAUAUUCUCUCUUGAUUCUUGAACCUUUAUCAUAGCAGAAGACGAAAGAGGAAAUAAGAUCAAACGACCGAAGGCUUUCUUAUGGAGGAAACAAAAACAAAGACAGUUGAAAAUGUUGAGACCGUUGAUGUUUACACAGCAAAAGGUUUGCUUAGUACUGGUCAUCGAUAUCUCGAUGUAAGGACAAAUGAAGAAUUCGCAAAGAGUCACGCUGAGGAGGCCUUGAACAUUCCUUAUAUGUUCAAAACAGAUCAAGGUAGGGUUAUAAAUCCUGAUUUCCUUCCUCCAGUGGCAUCGGUUUGCAAGAAAGAUGAACAUUUGAUCGUGGCUUGUAACUCUGGAGGAAGAGCAAGCCGUGCUUGUGUUGACCUUCUCAAUGCCGGGUACGAGCAUGUGGCUAACAUGGGGGGAGGCUACUCGGCUUGGGUUGACGCUGGAUUCGCCGGCGACAAACCUCCGGAGGACCUCAAGAUUGCUUGCAAGUUCCGCGCCAAGGAUAACUAAACUGGUUCCGGUUUGACGCAAAAAGAAAACACUUGAAAACUUGAUAUAUAGUGAUGUUGUGGUUGUGUUGUGUCUUGUGUGUAAUAAAGUCUCAGAACGGUUCGAGCUCGACGAGUUUUAACUCUAUGGGCCGUUAAUCAUAUCACAAGGUAUAAAAGUAA